AUGGUUAUGUAUACACAAAAAAAGAAUGAAAAUACAACAAGCUUGACAAUUGAUUUUGUUUUAUUUUUGGUCAAAAAAAUUAAUUCCACAGUCGCAUUUGAACCGGACCUGUUACUUAAAUCGAAAAAAAAUUUGGAAAAUGAGGAAUAUUAUCUGCCCAUCAACAUAAAUGAUGAUCUGAAAAAGAUUGAUGGCUGUUUGCCCAAAGAAGUGGUUAAAGAAUUAUCAACAUUGGCAGAUGAUAUAAAUAUAACCGGAAUGAAUGUUUAUAAAAAGAGAAAACUCACCUACAGCGAAUAUAAUAAUUUGGAAAACAUUACUAUGUGUUGUUUAUACACUGCUUAUUAUUAUUUGAUCCAUUUUAAUGAAAAUUUUCAGUCCACCAUAGACUUAAGUGCAUUAUCGAAGGAAAAGACGCUUUUUUCCACUAAACAUUAUUUCCCUCGGGUUUUUAAAUGUCUAGUAAACAUUACAUAUAAAGAAUAUCAAUGGGUGUGUUAUAAAGUGAUACAAGAAAAUUAUAACAAUCUUUCAACCAUUAUUCGUACCAUUAAGGAUCAUUUUGUCACCAAUAAAAUUGAAUUUGAAACAUGGAGGAAAGUGGCUAUAGAUUUUAUUAAUAAAGCUGAAAGCCCGAAUGGUAUUUUUCUUGAGGGAUCCUUCACACAAGUUACAAGAAAGGGGAAAUUGAACAAUAUUAGUAAUGAAGAAAGAAAAGCUAGAAGGCGAAAUAUUGAAGUUAAAAAAAAAAUAUUAUAUUUAAAAAUUCAAAAACUAAAAAUUGCUGAUUCUAAUGAUUUCCUCUCAAAUAUUGAUAAUAUUAGUUGCGAUAGUGAUUCUAUCGAAACUGAUGCUUAUAGUAAUGACAAUAGUAAUCCUGUAUUUGACUCGGUUGAACAAAUAAACUACCAAGGUAGUAAUCAUCCUAGUUUUUCUAAUGACUUUUUCGCCGAGGAUUCUAUAAUUCGUACCCCUGAUGAUCCAUAUGUAAUAGACACUAUAUCCUUUCAAGAAUCCUAUCAAAGUUUUUGUUUCAAUGCAUCUGCACAAAAUUCAAUGGAAAAAAUAGCAAAAAUGGCAAAAAAAAUUAAAAAUUUUGAUAUUGAUAAAAAAGAUUUAGGUUUAUAG